AAACGCCGCCAUUUGCCCUCUUCGCUCUGUGUGUGUGUGCGCGCACAGCAAGCCGCCGUGUGAUUAAACAAAGACCGCAUGCAGGGAGGGGACAGCACCUGUGAGGCGCAACGGUUCCGAUGAGUGAAAAGUUCAACUGCAAACUGCCUGAGGGAGAAGAAACAGGGCGAUCGAGAGAAACCAGAGAAGCGGGUUCCCCGGCUCCGUGUCGGUCGCGUGAGUGAGUGCGAGAGAAGAGCAGGUGUCAGCCGGCGUCUCGGGCACGCGCGAGGCGCUGCCGUUGUCCGCGCGCACCGGCGGGACCCGUUUGAACCGAGACCGAGAGGACAACCGGAGCGGGGCCAUGUGUGAGGCUGAGCAGGAUGACGCCGAGCAGCCGCUGCUGAGGGCGGCGGCUAUCGCUGCAAGUGUUGCACAGAAAUGUAUGAAGUGUAAGGACAAUUCUGCAGUGUUGGUCAUUCGAGUUGGCGAUGCAUUUUGUAAAUCCUGCUUCAAAGAAUAUUUUGUACACAAAUUCCGUGCCAUGCUAGGGAAGACUCGCUUAAUUUUUCCAGGAGAGCAGGUCUUACUGGCGUUAUCAGGUGGUCCCACGUCUAGUGCAAUGCUUUGCCAGGUUCAAGAGGGUUUAUGUCGUGAGGCUCCAAAGAAGUUACGUUUUUGUCCUGGGAUAGUUCAUAUAGAUGAGGGAGCGGUGUGUGGUAGGAGUCUAGAAGAAAGAAGGGCAACUUUAACACAGCUGGAAGCCAUAUUCCAGAGUUCAGGAUUCCCCUACCAUAUAGUCUAUUUGGAGGAGGUAUUCAAAUUGCCUAAUUCUAUGCUGCAGAGUGUUUCUUCCAGCCCAGCCAGUCAUUAUGGUGAGAAUUACAAAGAGGCAGUGGAUGGUUUCCUACAAAAGCAGCGAGAGACACUUACUCAGAUAGAACAAACACCUACAGUUGUGGAGCAGUUGAAUGUCACAGAUACAGAAGAACAGGUUCAAACAAAACUUGAUCAACUCCAUAUUUGUGACAUUUUUAGUAAAGAAAAUACUGGGCACACCUUCACAGAAGCUUCCACCAGUGGAAAGUGGCCAUUUAACUUGACACAAACUGAGGCAAUAAAAGAACUGUUUAGUUCAAUAAAGACACUGACUGCUAAAGAGGAGUUGCUGCAAACAUUACGACAUCACCUGCUUUUGUAUACUGCAAGGAUCAAAGGUUACACAAAAAUAAUGAUGGGAGACAGCUGUACCCGACUGGCAGUAAAACUUCUGACUAAUAUUUCAUUAGGACGUGGAGCCUCCCUUGCUAUUGAUACAGGAUUCUCAGAUAAUCGAUAUGGAGAUAUUAUGAUAGUACGGCCAAUGAGGGAAUACUCAUCUAAAGAAAUUGCUUUCUACAAUAAACUUUUUGAUGUUCCAAAUAUUUUCACUCCAGCUUUAGAUACAAAGGCCAACGAUAAAGCUAGCAUCCAUAGACUGACUGAGAGUUUUGUGAACAAAUUACAGAGUGAUUUCCCAUCCACUGUAAGCACUGUUUAUAGGACCAGUGAGAAGCUGAAUACAGUUUCAUCUGACUUCAACUGUGGUGCUGAGCAAAUAGAUAAAUGUCUGCUGUGUCUUUGUGCUAUGGACACUAAAGUAGAGAAAGCUUCAGCAUUUCAUGCUACCCUAAUAUCAGAAAAGCUAUCGCUGAAGCAGUCUCCUGACCAGAUGCUUGUUAAAGACGUUACUGAACCAUCCUGCUGUGGUGAUGAUGGAGUCGAAGAGAAAGGAAAAUGCUGUGGUGCGCAGUCUGAAGCAUUCUGUUCAACAGACAGUAAUAGAACCACAGAUCUCCUUUCAAUGCUAUGCUACAGUUGUAGACUGACUGUCAAAGAUAUGGUAUCGCUGGAUCUACUACCUCAGUAUGUCCUCUCUGAAGCAGAACGCAGAAAACGCAGAGCUCAAGUGAGGGAACAGAUCCAGGAGUUCCUGUUGGCCCCCGAGGAAGAAGUGGAUACUACCAGCUCCUGACAAGUCUGUCUGAAAUUAACCAUAAGCAUCAAAAAGACAUUUGCAGUUUUUCAGAUUCUACACAUAAUUAUGCAUUUAGCUUGGGAAUGAAUGAACUAUGGAUUUAUGAUAAGUUGGUAGCUCACCCAGCUUGUCAUUCUGGCACAAGGUGAAGUUCAGACAACUGAACACCUGUGGCUUCCUUAUUAUUGUUCAGUUGCCCAUGGGGUUACACCAAUAUAAAUUUGCCUGUGUAUUAUAACUUGUGAUGGUUUAGGCCAACUUAUAAUCCUGUUGUUUUGUAUUAUUUACUUGGUGCUGCUUUUAAAGGUUGGGUUUAACUUUAAAUGUAAUGUCUGUA